ACGAUAACGACGCCGUUGGCUGCUCGCUGAGGGACGGAGGUGGAGCGCCACCUUCGUGCCACCUCGCCCACUGACCGCAUCGCGCCACCCGCACCCUGUCGACACCCGAGACCCGAGACCAUCGGCCGCAGCGGGAUCCCCGACGAGCUCCUCGGACACGAUGGACCAAUUUCUCUUUCUGUUAGCCUGCGUGCUCGUAUCCAAUUAUUUACAUCCGUGGAGAGGCGCCGAUGCCGAAUCAAUGUUCACGAUACGAAACAUCAGGAUAUCUCUUGAGCCCGGGUCCGAUGUGAUGAGGGGCACCAACGUGACUGUGAGGUGUCAGGCGCUGGUCAGCAGCUCAGGCACGGCGCCGCUAAGUCGCGAAUACACAAUCUACAAGGACCGCAUCACAGUGUACACAAAGACCACCAGCAGCUCGGGGGACCUCAUGUACCGCCUCCCUGACGCCAGAGUGUCCAACACGGGCAAAUACAAGUGUAAGAUCGCCAUUCAAGGCCGGGAGCUGAACAGCGAGGCCAAAAAACUCACAGUCACAGGUCUAUCUGCACCUCUCCUUCAUUUGAACAACGCUGUUGUCAGUGAGGGAGAGGAGCUGACAGCCAGGUGCUCGGCGCCCGGAGAGACGGGUCCGAUCAUUUUCUACUUCUACGACGGCGCCAAGGAGAUCCUGGAGGACAGCGUCAACUCCAACCUGUCCGAAGUCAAGCUUCACUUCAAAAGUGUGGGCAUACACAAGAUGUACUGUUUCUACACCGUCAUGUUGACCUCCUUCGUCGUCAAGUCUAACAGCAGCAACGCUGUCACCGUUACGGUCAAGGAGCUUUCCAUCACGCCAGUUUUGGAUAUUUUCCCAUUCAAGAAUAUCUACGAAGGGGACAAACUUGACAUUAUGUGCACCGUCAGAGACGUCGUACCCGGCGUGCAUGGGAAUGUUCGCCUCUACCUGAGCCGCGGGACCCAACUUCUCAGCAGGGGGGACACCAAUGUCAACCACAGCAUGAUCGCUUUGGCCAAGGACUCUGAGGAGUUCGAGUGCAGAAUGGAGAUGGAAAAUGUGGUGAAAGUCGACACGAAAAGGAUUUCGGUGACUGAGCUCUUUUCAGUGCCCACACUUACCAUGUCUCCAAGAGAAGUCUUUCAAAGGGAAUACAUGACUCUGAGCUGCAAAAGUGAGAGCUUGGCUUCGGAGAGGCUCCGCAGGGAAGAAUUGACUUACACUUUGGAGCCCCCAGAGAGCCCCCUGAUCCCAAAGAGCACCGGAGUAUUUUUUGGAAAAGCUCUGCUCUACGAUUUCAACUACACCUGCGUCGCUCAGGCCAAGGGCAUCCGGAAAUAUAGCAAACCUUUGACGGUCCAUCCCAAAGUCAUGGUGUCAACACCGAAGAUCUCGGUGGUUGGUAAGGCGGUGCUGGGACGCCCCUUUAAGGUCCUGUGUGAGUCGGACAGAGGCAGCCUGCCCAUCAACUACACUUUGCUGAAGGAGUACGAGCAGCUGAGCACGGCCAGUAUCAAAAUGCCUUCGGAACAGGCUCUGUUCACCGUCACAAUCAACCAGGCUGGGGAAAUAAACAAGUUCAUGUGUGAGGCCAAGAACAGUCAGAAGGAAGCGCCGCUCAGCAAAAGAUUGGAUGCUCCUGUUGUUGUGCCGCUGUCUCAUCCGACCCUCACAGUUAUCCCCGUCUUGCCGGAAAUUGCAGAGGGAGAUCAUCUUUUCCUCAUCUGCGGGGUGAAAGGCACCCCACCAAUCACCUUUAAGUGGUAUCAUGACGGCACCAGCAGCCCGAUCUUCACCACCACCUCAGACAAGAACAGUACAGACUACCAGAUUCAAGCUCUGGCCAAACAUGACAGCGGCACCUACUACUGCGAGGCCAUCAAUCCCGCCAAGAAUGUAGUCCGUAGCGCACCGGUCAUCAUCGAGGUGCGCCUGGCCCUGUGGAAAAAAGCGGUGAUCGGGGGCUUCUGCCUGCUGGUGGUGUUGGUGCUGGUGGUGGUGUUUGUGCUGUGCUUCAGGUCCAAGAGAGGUAAAAGGGAAGCACCUGCUGAAUUGUCAGUAAAGCCUUCGAGCCCUAAAUCAGAUGACUCUUUAACAGUGAGUCUAACCCGCGACACAGAGGUUAAUAAUGCAGCCCCAGGUAAAAUGGAGAGAGUCGAUAUCAGCGUGUGGAGCGAGCGUCCGCCUGAAGCAGCCAAUGAGGAGGAGACCAGCAUGAUAUCCAAUGAGCCUGAUGUGGAGUACACUGAGGUUGUGCAUCCUCAGCCUGCAGACCCCUCCCGAGCACCUCUGAGGAAAGGCACAGAAACGAUUUACAGCGAACUCCAGAACUCUCCACACGGUGCUGAGGACCAUCACGGCUACGGCUCUGUGGAGUAUGCUGAUGUGGUGAGCAAUGGGGAGCAACACGAGAUGAAUCAUUAUCCAUUAGAGCACAACAGCUGCCAGGAUCUGCCGGUUCCAGUGGAUUAGUCAGCUAAAGAUUCAUCAUCACCAUCAUCGUCAUCACCACACAACAAUUCGCCUGUCGCAUGUUCUGUAGCCCCGCUGACCUUCCUAUCAGCAACAUACAGUGAAGAAAAUAAGUAUUUGAACACCCUGCUGUAUUGCAAGUUAUCCCACUUAGAAAUCAUGAAGGGGUCUGAAAUUGUCAUCGUAGGCGCAUGUCCACUGUGAGAGAGAUAAUCUAAAAAGAAAAAUGCAAAAAUCACAAUGUAUGAUUUUUUUUUUACGUUUUAUUUGUGUGAUACAGCUGCAAAUAAGUGUUUGAACACCUGAGAAGACCAAGGUUAGCCUUUGAUUGCAAUUACAGAGGUCAAACGUUUCCUGUAGUUGUUCACCAGGUUUGCACACACUGCAGGAGGGAUUUUGGCACACUCCUCCACACAGAUAUUCUCUAGAUCAGACAGGUUUCUGGGCUGUCGCUGAGAAACGCGGAGUUUCAGCUCCCGCCAAAGAUUUUCUAUUGGCUUUAGGUCUGGAGACUGGCUAGGCCACGCCGGAACCUUGAUAUGCUUCUUACGGAGCCACUCCUUGAUUUUCCUGGCCACGACGCUUCUUCAUUGCUCUGACCGAGGGAAAGAAAUUGUUCCCCAAAAUGUCACAAUACAUGGCCGCGGUCAUCUUCUCCUUAAUACAGUGCAGUCAUCCCAAGAGGUGAUAUCUUGCAUGGGACUCCAGUUCGAUUGAGAUUGACCAUCUUGUUUAGCUUCUUCCUUUCUCUAAUGAAUGCUCCAACAGUCCACCUUUUUUUACCAAGCUGCUUGGCAAUUUCGGCGUAGCCCUUUCUAGCCAUGUGCAGUUAUACAAUUUUGUCUCUGGUGUCUUUGGACAGCUCUUUGGUCUUGGCCAUGAUACAAGUUUGAGUCUUACUGAUUAUAUGGGGUGGACAGUUGUUUUUAUGCAGCUAAUGACCCCUCACACAGGUGCAUCUGAUUCAGGAUACUACACGGACUGGAGGUGGACUUUUAAAGGCGGACAAACAGGUCUUUGCGGGUCAGAAUUUUAGCUGAUAGAGAGGUUUUCAAAUACCUAUUUGCAGCUGUAUCACACUAAUAAAUCAUUUUAAAAAAUCAUCCCUCGUGAUUUCUGGAUUUUUCUUUUUAAAUUAUCUCUCUCACAGUGGAAAUGCACCUACGAUGAAAAUUUCAGACCCCUCCAUAUUUUCUCAGUGGGAGAACUUGCAAUAUACUUAAUUCAUUAAUUACAUAAUUCACUGUAAAUCACUGCUGUAAAUAUUUGCUCAUGAAUAAAGGCAUGUCAUUGUUGUUGUGUUGUGCCAGUGUUUGCGGCCAAGAUAUAGCAGUAAUAUUUAGCAACUUUGAGCAACGUUUUCAUUUCCUCAGUAUUCAAUUUGCACCAAAAAGCUUGAUUUUUAUUCAUUUGAAUGUGUCAUUUUUUUUGUACUGUUCAUUAGGGUCAUGGGUGAUCUAUACAG